CCACCAUUGUUUGAAGCUUAAACCUCACAUCAAAAUUCAAAACCCUAGAGAGCGAGCCAUGGCUUCUUCAUCGAAAUCCAAGUUCAGCAUCUAUCAAAACCCUAACUUUUCUGCAGCUCUCACCUCCAACAGUCUUCAACCUUCCAAUUACACCUUCUUCUCCAUCCUUUCCUUCUUCUCUGCCUCCGCAUUCGCCUUUCUCGCUAUCAUCUUCAGGGAAAAUGGCUUCAUUGAUCUCUUCCUGCUCAAAUGUCUUCCUCCUGUUACAGCUUAUUGGUUUGUCAAGACACUACAAGCUUCAUUGGGUAUUGUCUCCAUUGGAACCUUGUUGGCAUUACUCAAAGUCGUGUUUCUGCGUAAAGCUAGGAGUACUGGAGGUGUUGUUGUUGCAGCUAAAUCUAUGCCUAAUUCUAACAAUGUUAAUAACAAUGAAAUGCUUCUUACCAAACAUCAACUAGAGCUUUUAGGAAUGAAGCCGAAAGUUGGUUCGGUUAAGCCCGAGUCGUCGAAAAAGCCCCCGAAGUCUAAACCGCAAUCGGGCUCUUCAGAAUUGCUUGUCCCACUUCGUCAGCCGAUUCCCAGCCCGAGUCGUCGCACUGAUGCGGAUGGUUCGAAUUCUAAUAGGGGUGGUAGUGGUCGGUCUAUAGGCACCCCCUCGAGGUCGCCCGGUUCAUCGUCUCUGUAUCUUGUUCCUGGAGUUGUGUCCCCCAUGCAGGGUUCAGCCGGAAAGGAUUCGGUAGUCUCGAGCCCUUGGUCCAAUAGGCGAGCCUCCUCUGCGAAUAAGAUAACAUCGGAGGAAACGCUGGAACAGUUCUUAGCUGAAGUUGAUGAAAGAAUCACUCAAUCAGCUGGGAAACUGUCUACCCCACCGCCUACUGUUCCUGGUUUUGGCAUAGUGAGCCCCAAUACAGUUACCGGAUCGGCUAAUACGUCUGGAACUACAAGGCAUACACCAUUGAGGCCUGUGAGGAUGUCUCCAGGCUCCCAAAAGUUUAAGACACCCCCUAAGAAGGGAGAGGGUGACCUUCCUCCACCAAUGUCCAUGGAAGAAUCGAUUGAAGCUUUUGAACAACUGGGCAUCUAUCCUCAAAUUGAGCAGUGGCGUGACCAACUCAGGCAGUGGUUCUCUACGGUUUUGCUUAAUCCUUUGAUUCACAAGAUCGAGACAAGUCAUGUUCAGGUUAUGCAAGCAGCCGCCAAACUUGGUAUUUCAAUCACAAUCAGUCAGGUGGGCAAUGACAUGUUGUCUACUGGAUCUGCCUUACCGACAACUGAUAAGACUCAAGACUGGCAACCAGCACUUACUUUUAAUGAAGAUGGGUUGCUUCAUCAGUUAAAUUCUACUCUUGUGCAGGCUAUAGAGGCUUCCAAAUCCAAGUUGCUUGUUUCUAAUAUGCAACAGUCCCCACAACAGACUCCUUCAGUUCCUAUCAUGCAAGAAUGUGUGGAUGCUAUCACUGAACACCAAAGACUACAAGCAUUGGUUAAAGGAGAGUGGGUUAAAGGUUUGCUUCCUCAAAGCAGUGUUCGUGCGGAUUACACUAUCCAGAGGAUCCGAGAGCUUGCUGAAGGAACCUGCUUGAAGAAUUAUGAGUAUCUUGGAAGUGGCGAAGUAUAUGAUAAAAAGAACAAAAAGUGGACACUAGAGCUACCUUCUGAUUCUCACUUGCUCUUGUAUUUGUUCUGUGCUUUCUUAGAACACCCGAAGUGGAUACUACACGCGGAUGCUAUGUCUUAUACUGGAGCUCAGUCUAGCAAAAACCCAUUAUUCUUGGGAGUCCUUCCUCCAAAGGAAAGAUUUCCUGAGAAAUGCAUUGCUGUAGUAUCUUCUGUCCCUUCUGUGCUGCACCCAGGAGCAUGUAUGCUAGUAGUUGGAAAGCAGGGUCCCCCAAUAUUUGCCUUGUACUGGGACAAGAAGGCGCAGUUUUCUCUUCAGGGAAGAACAGCGCUCUGGGAUUCGAUCUUGCUUUUGUGUCAUAAAGUUAAAGUCGGGUAUGGAGGUAUUAUUAGGGGCAUACAUCUAGGUGCUCCAGCUUUAAACAUUCUCCCGGUUUUGGAAACAGAAUCUGAAGAUUGAGUUACUGUAUCACUGCAAACCAUUCUGCCGGUACCAACAUUCUGCACACUAACUUCAACUUCUGCGGUAAUCCACUAACUCAUAGUGAGACAUUUCAGGAAUGAACUUGCUUGCUGGGUCUGAAUUCCACCUGAAUGACUGUUGAUUAGGAUUCUGUUUAGUCAGCUAAUUUGUUCUGUAUCUUUUCUAGAGGCCUUUACAGUGCCAGUCUAUUGAUUUCACUGUAUCUAUGUUCAUCGCAGUUUGGCAGAAAUCAUGUUAAACCGUUCAUGACCAAAUUUGUAUUAAAACAAAUUUAAUAACUACACAGACAGUGUAAUUAAAUUUUGCAGAUAUUCAAAUA